AGUUUAGGUUGCCGUGACGUCACUCCUCAAGACAACAUCGACGACCUGAAGCAUGUCUCACGUGCUGAAAGACGCUGCUCAAAAGAGUGCCCGAUUAGUGGGCUUAACUAGACAAUGUCGACUCUUUCACUCCACCAACGCUUCAGCUCAGAAGGUGUUGAUGAGCCGGAUGGAAAGGGAUAAUUUCUUGGAUUAUGAUAAAAUGGAAAAUAGAUUAAAUAUUGUUAAGAGUAGGUUAAGCAGACCACUUACACUUUCGGAGAAAAUCGUCUACAGUCAUUUAGAUGAUCCUAAAAAUCAAGAGAUUAAAAGAGGUGAGAGUUAUUUAAAAUUAAGACCUGAUAGAGUUGCUAUGCAAGAUGCCACUGCACAGAUGGCGAUGUUACAAUUUAUAUCCAGUGGUCUGCCUAAAGUAGCUGUACCUUCUACUAUUCAUUGUGAUCAUUUAAUAGAGGCACAGCUUGGUGGAGAAAAAGAUUUAUCUAGAGCCAAGGAUAUCAAUAAAGAAGUGUAUGAUUUCUUGGCAUCUGCUGGUGCUAAAUAUGGUGUUGGUUUCUGGAAGCCUGGUAGUGGUAUUAUUCAUCAAAUUAUUUUAGAAAAUUAUGCUUUUCCUGGUGUUUUGUUGAUUGGUACUGACAGUCACACUCCAAAUGGAGGUGGUUUAGGUGGUGUUUGUAUAGGUGUUGGAGGAGCUGAUGCUGUAGAUGUCAUGGCUGAUAUUCCUUGGGAGUUAAAAUGUCCAAAGGUUAUUGGAGUAAAAUUAACAGGCAAACUGAAAGGUUGGACGUCACCUAAAGAUGUUAUUCUAAAAGUAGCAGGAAUCUUAACCGUGAAAGGUGGAACUGGUGCCAUUGUUGAAUAUUUUGGUCCUGGUGUUGAUUCCAUUUCUUGUACAGGUAUGGGAACAAUCUGUAACAUGGGAGCUGAGAUAGGAGCCACAACCUCAGUAUUUCCCUACAAUCAUAGAAUGGAAGAUUAUUUAAAGGCAACUAAUAGAGCAGAUAUUGCUGAUUUAGCCAAUAAUUAUAAAGGAUUAUUAACAGCUGAUAUCAAAGCUGAAUAUGAUCAAGUUAUAGAAAUAGAUCUUGAUACUCUCGAGCCACAUGUCAACGGUCCAUUCACCCCAGAUUUAGCUAACCCUGUAUCUCAACUAGGUAAAAUAGCCCAAGAAAAAGGUUGGCCUCUUGAUAUUAAAGUUGGUUUAAUUGGUAGUUGUACCAACAGUAGUUAUGAAGAUAUGUCUAGAUCAGCUAGUAUAGCCAAACAAGCUUUAAAACAUGGUAUUAAAUCUAAAGCAGCAUUUACUAUUACACCAGGCUCUGAACAAAUAAGAGCUACUAUUGAAAGAGAUGGUCAGGCUCAAGCGUUAAGAGAAAUUGGUGGUAUUGUAUUAGCUAAUGCCUGUGGUCCAUGUAUCGGUCAAUGGGAUAGGAAAGAUGUGAAGAAAGGAGAAAAAAAUACAAUUGUUACCUCAUAUAAUAGAAAUUUUACUGGUCGUAAUGAUGCUAAUCCUGCAACUCAUGCCUUUGUUACCUCCCCUGAAUUAGUAACUGCCAUGUCUAUUGCUGGAGAUUUAGGAUUUGAUCCAAGAAGAGAUGAACUUACUGGUUCUGAUGGUACUAAAUUCAAGCUUGAAUCACCCUAUGGUGAUGAGUUACCAUCUAAAGGAUUUGAUCCUGGACAAGAUACAUACCAGCCCCCACCUAAAGAUGGCAGUAAUUUGUCUGUUAAUGUUUCACCUGGUAGUAAUAGAUUACAAUUAUUAAAACCAUUUGAUAAAUGGAGUGGUAAAGAUAUUACUGAUAUGGUAGUUUUGAUUAAGGCUAAAGGUAAAUGUACAACUGAUCAUAUUAGUGCAGCUGGUCAGUGGUUAAAAUAUAGAGGACAUUUAGAUAAUAUUUCUAAUAAUUUACUUAUUGGGGCAGUCAAUGCUGAAAAUGGUGAAAUUAACAAAGUAAAGAACCAGCUUUCUGGUGAAUAUGAUGGUGUUCCAGACACUGCCAGAAAAUACAAGGCUGCUAAGGUACCAUGGUGUGUAGUUGGUGAUGAGAACUAUGGUGAAGGUAGUAGUAGAGAACAUGCUGCUUUAGAACCAAGGCAUCUUGGUGGUCGAGCCAUUAUUGUUAAAUCUUUCGCUAGAAUCCAUGAAACUAAUUUAAAGAAACAAGGAAUGUUGCCUCUAACCUUUGCUAAUCCCAGUGAUUAUGAUAAAAUUCAACCUUCAGAUAGAGUCUCUUUAGUAGGUUUGGCUGAGCUGGCCCCAGGAAAGUCUGUACAAUGUGAGGUUAAACAUCAAGAUGGUUCUGUUGAUAAAAUAGAAUUAAAACACACAAUGAAUGAUGGACAGAUUUCAUGGUUUAGAGCUGGUAGCGCUCUUAACAGAAUGGCAGAAUUGAAAUAAUCAGCAGCAAUUGUGAUACACUAUAGAUUUAUUAAGUCAUAUUUGACAAUGCAAAUAACUGGCCAGCAAAAAUACUAGUUCAAGAUAGAAAAGAAUUUAAAAAAAAUGAAAUAAAAAACAGACAAGAUAUACAUAUCUUUUAAGAUGGCCACAUUGUAUAAACUAGGAAGAUUUUAGCUCUGAAAAAAAAAAUACAAAAAAAAAAUGAAAAAAUAAUGAAUUUUAUUAUUAAAAAGAAAAAAUGUCUGGUUGGCAAGUAUAGAAAAAAAAUUAAAAUUUAUUUAAGUGUAUAGUAAUUGUUUGUUUUAAAGAAAGAGUAUUUUGUAUUUUAUCAAAGUUAUUAUUGUCUAGAAUAUAGAAUCUCUUGGAUAAUUAUUUCUGUUUUAAAGUAUGUGUGAGACAAGUUUUAGGCCUAUGUUGAUUUUAAUCAAAACAAAAAAAAUGUAAAUAAAAAUUUUAAUUUAAAC